CCCAAGAAGAAGGAUGGAUUUGUAUAUCUAUUUGUAAGGAUUAUUAGGGCACAAAUUUGUAUGAAUGUCUAAAGUUCCAUUCUUUGGGUUUGGGUGAAGAUUAAAUGCUACAAUUAAUCGACUACAAUGGAGGAAGAAUCCCUUGCAAAGCUAACUAUUCAGACCAAUUCUUCUAAUGGUCGUAACAUUCCAAGAUCUAAGAGUUUCGUAUACAGAGCACCGCAAGAGAAUUUCACCAUUAAUGACUUCGAGUUAGGAAAGAUCCAUGGCGUUGGUUCUUAUUCCAAGGUUGUUAGAGCUAAGAAAAAAGACACGGGAGUGGUGUAUGCAUUAAAAGUCAUGGAUAAAAAGUUCAUCACCAAGGAAAAUAAAAGUGCAUAUGUAAAGUUGGAGCGGAUUGUAUUAGAUCAGUUGGAUCAUCCGGGUGUUGUAAGGCUAUAUUUUACAUUUCAAGAUGCAUCCUCCCUAUACAUGGCACUUGAGUCCUGUGAAGGUGGAGAACUUUUUGAUCAAAUAAUCAGGAAGGAACGAUUACCCGAGGUAGAAGCUUGCUUUUAUGCAGCUGAAGUUGUUGAUGCUCUUGAAUACAUACAUGGCAUGGGAUUGAUACACCGAGACAUCAAGCCAGAGAACCUGCUAUUGACAAAAGAUGGACACAUUAAAAUUGCUGAUUUUGGUAGUGUGAAGCCUAUGGAGAACAGUCGAGUUAAAGUUCUACCAAAUGCUGCAUCUGACGAUAAGGCCUGCACCUUUGUCGGAACAGCUGCUUAUGUUCCUCCUGAAGUCCUUAAUUCUUCUCCAGCAACUUUUGGAAACGACCUAUGGGCUUUGGGAUGCACUUUGUACCAGAUGCUUUCAGGAACUUCUCCUUUUAAGGAUGCAAGUGAAUGGCUUAUUUUUCAAAGAAUUGUCGCCAGGGAUAUUAGAUUUCCAGAUUACUUCUCAAAUGAAGCCAGGGAUGUCAUAGAUCAGUUACUGCAUGUUGAGCCGAGAAGGAGACCAGGUGCUGGAAGUGAUGGUUAUGCUUCACUGAAGAACCAUCCAUUCUUUAACGGAAUAGACUGGAAGAACAUAAGGGCUCAAACUCCUCCAAAACUUGCUCUCGAUAAAAGAGCCCAACGAGGUGAGGGUGAAGGUUCUGAUUCACCUUCGGGAUAUGGCCAUAUAACUCGGCUUGCUUCCAUCGACUCUUUUGACUCAAAAUGGCAACAGUUCCUAGAAGAUGGAGAAUCAGUUUUGAUGAUCUCAAAGGUGAAGAAAUUAAGGAAAAUAACAAACAAGAAAGUGCAGCUUAUCCUUACAAACAAGCCAAAGUUGAUAUAUGUAGAUCCUUCUAAAUUAGUGGGUAAAGGAGAUAUACCUUGGUCAGAUAAUCCCAAUGAGCUUAAUGUUCAAGUCAUGACCCCUUCCUAUUUCAAGAUAUGCACUCCAAAGAAGGUGUUGUCGUUCGACGACGCGAAACAGAGAGCUCAUCAAUGGAAGAAGGCAAUUGAAUCUGUCCAGAAUCGGUGAUUCAUUUCUAUUUGUGCUUGCUUUCGUUUCUUCGACUCAAUAUUGAGAUUUCACCAAGCUUUUUAUAGAAGCUGUUUAUGUUCCUCCUCCCUUGGAAUAUUGUUCUUGAUAUGUUGUCUCAUUAUAUUUGUAUUUAUUCGAACAAAUUUAUUAUUGUU